AUGUCUAAUGGGCUGAUGGUACGUCUCGUUGGAAAUAGGUCGCAUAGUCCAGGACCUGCGGCUUAUUCCACCAGAAGACGUCCAGGAUCAGAAUCACCAGCAUGGACAAUUAAAAAUCGAUAUAAACAAAAAAUAGAAGCAAUUGAUGCAGAAUACGUAAAUUUAGAAUCGACAAUAGGCCGAGGACCAAAAAUUUCAAUGAAAAGUCGUCAUGAUUCACUACCAAAAAUUGAUACACCUGGACCUAAUUACAUACCUAAGAAUUUUGGUUCAGAAACAACACCAAUACAUGUAUCUCCACGAUAUGGUGAUAGAAAAACCGAGUCUACACCAGGUCCUGGCCAAUAUACACCUCGUGAUGCUCCUUCUACAGCGAGGGUUUCAAUUAGAAAUAGAACAAAAUUACCAGAAUCGAAUGUAGAUUCACCUGGACCUGCUGGAUAUUCACCAGAUUAUAAAGCAACACGCAGAUCUUCACGAUCACCAACUAUAGGCAGACGCGCAAGUGAACCAAAGAAACAAAUUACUCCAGGUCCUAGUGAUUAUCAAAUUAGUCGAGAUAUUACAAAUGGGCAAGGAAUUUCGAUGCAUAUUCGCCCACGUGAGAGCGGAAUCGCUGUAACUCCAGGACCAAGUGAUUAUGGAUCACCAAAUAACCCAGCAAAUUUUAACUCACCAUCAUAUACAAUCGGUCAUCGUUAUGAUCAAAAAACAGAUACAAAUCAAGCUGGUUUCGUAAAUCUUCCAAGUACAGUUGGUCAAGGACCGAAGAUUUCCAUGUCUUCUCGCCAUGAAGCUCGUGAUGUUGAAGCAACACCAGGUCCAAACUAUGUACCACCUUCCAUGGCACAAUCAGCAAGAGGAAUAUCAAUUGGAUCUCGCUCUCCAGAUGGCAAGAUUGAAGUUACACCAGGUCCAGGUCAAUACAACACAUUGAACAAGUCCGGUGUUGAUGGUGUCACCCCAAUCACGAUCAAAGGCCGAACACCACUUCCAGGUGCCGGCACCGAUUCUCCAGGUCCAGCAGGCUACAAUCCAGACUACGAUGCCACUCGUAAAUCAUCACCAAGUCCAACAAUUGGUCGUCGCGGCAUUGAUCCUAAAGUCGAAGUCACACCAGGUCCAAGUGACUAUGCCAUCAGCCGCGACAUCACGAAUGGCCAAGGCAUCUCGAUGCACAUUCGUCCACGCGAAGGCGACAUUGCAGUUACACCCGGUCCAAGUGAUUAUGGCAACCCUAAUAAUCCAUCAAGUUCUAAUUCUCCUUCUUAUACUAUUGGUCAUCGUUACGAACAAAAGACCGAUACAAAUCAAGCCGGUUUUGUUAAUCUUCCAAGCACCGUUGGUCAAGGACCAAAGAUCUCAAUGUCAUCACGUCAUGAAGCACGUGACGUUGAACCAACACCAGGUCCAAAUUAUGUUCCUCCGUCUCUUGCUGAGAGCAGCCGUGGAGUAACAAUUGGACAUCGUUCACCCGAUGGCAAGACCGAGAUCACUCCAGGUCCAGGCCAAUAUGACACUCUCAAUAAAUCCGGUGUUGAUGGUGUCACUCCAAUCACAAUCAAGGGACGUAAUUACAUGCCAGAAACAUCAGUUGAUUCACCAGGUCCUGCUGGAUACAGUCCCGAUUACAACUCUACACGUCGUGGUUCUCCAAGUCCAACUAUUGGACGUCGUGGCAUUGAUCCAAAGAUCCCAGUCACUCCAGGUCCAAGUGAUUACGAGAUUAGCCGUGAUAUCACAAAUGGUGGUCAAGGUAUCUCGAUGCACAUUCGUCCACGCGAAGGCGACAUUGCCGUUACACCCGGUCCAAGUGACUAUGGAAACCCUAAUAAUCCAGCUAAUUCUAAUUCACCAUCAUUCACUAUUGGUCAUCGUUACGAACAAAAGACAGACACUAAUCAAGCCGGUUUCGUCAAUCUUCCAAGUACCGUUGGUCAAGGACCAAAGAUUUCGAUGUCAUCACGUCAUGAAGCACGUGAUCUUGAACCCACUCCAGGACCAAACUAUGUUCCUCCAUCACUUGCUGAGAGCAGUCGCGGUGUCACCAUUGGAUCUCGCUCUCCAGAUGGCAAGAUUGAAGUUACACCAGGUCCAGGUCAAUACAACACAUUGAACAAGUCCGGUGUUGAUGGUGUCACCCCAAUCACGAUCAAAGGCCGAACACCACUUCCAGGUGCCGGCACCGAUUCUCCAGGUCCAGCAGGCUACAAUCCAGACUACGAUGCCACUCGUAAAUCAUCACCAAGUCCAACAAUUGGUCGUCGCGGCAUUGAUCCUAAAGUCGAAGUCACACCAGGUCCAAGUGACUAUGCCAUCAGCCGCGACAUCACGAAUGGCCAAGGCAUCUCGAUGCACAUUCGUCCACGCGAAGGCGACAUUGCAGUUACACCCGGUCCAAGUGAUUAUGGCAACCCUAAUAAUCCAUCAAGUUCUAAUUCUCCUUCUUAUACUAUUGGUCAUCGUUACGAACAAAAGACCGAUACAAAUCAAGCCGGUUUUGUUAAUCUUCCAAGCACCGUUGGUCAAGGACCAAAGAUCUCAAUGUCAUCACGUCAUGAAGCACGUGACGUUGAACCAACACCAGGUCCAAAUUAUGUUCCUCCAUCUCUUGCAGAAAGUUCAAGAGGCAUCACUAUCGGUAAUCGUUCUCCAGACGGUAAGACCGAGAUCACACCUGGCCCAGGUCAAUAUAAUACAUUGAACAAAUCUGGUGUUGAUGGAGUUACUCCAAUCACAAUCAAAGGUCGCAAUUACAUGCCAGAAACAUCAGUUGAUUCACCUGGUCCAGCCGGCUACAAUCCAGAUUAUGAUGCCACACGCAAAUCAUCACCAAGUCCAACUAUUGGACGUCGUGGCAUCGAUCCAAAGAUCCCAGUCACUCCAGGUCCAAGUGAUUACGAGAUUAGCCGUGAUAUCACAAACGGCGGUCAAGGUAUCUCGAUGCACAUUCGUCCUCGUGAAGGCGGCAUCGCAGUCACACCAGGUCCUAGUGAUUAUGGUAAUCUAAACAAUCCAGCUAAUUCUAAUUCACCAUCAUUCACUAUUGGUCAUCGUUACGAACAAAAGACAGACACCAACCAAGCCGGUUUCGUCAAUCUUCCAAGUACCGUUGGUCAAGGACCAAAGAUCUCCAUGUCAUCUCGCCACGAAACACGUGAUGCAGAACCAACACCAGGUCCAAACUAUGUUCCUCCAUCACUUGCCGAGAGUUCAAGAGGCGUUACAAUUGGACAUCGUUCACCCGACGGUAAGACCGAGAUUACUCCCGGUCCAGGCCAAUACGACACUCUUAAUAAAUCCGGUGUUGAUGGUGUCACUCCAAUCACGAUCAAAGGCAGAACUCCACUUCCAGGUGCAGGCACCGAUUCCCCAGGUCCCGCCGGAUAUAAUCCAGACUACGCUGCCACACGUAAAUCAUCACCAAGUCCGACAAUCGGCCGCCGCGGCAUUGAUCCAAAGAUCCCAGUCACUCCAGGUCCAAGUGAUUAUGAGAUUAGCCGUGAUAUCACAAAUGGUGGUCAAGGUAUCUCGAUGCACAUUCGUCCACGCGAAGGCGACAUUGCCGUUACACCCGGUCCAAGUGACUAUGGAAACCCUAAUAAUCCAGCUAAUUCUAAUUCACCAUCAUUCACUAUUGGUCAUCGUUACGAACAAAAGACAGACACUAAUCAAGCCGGUUUCGUCAAUCUUCCAAGUACCGUUGGUCAAGGACCAAAGAUUUCGAUGUCAUCACGUCAUGAAGCACGUGAUCUUGAACCCACUCCAGGACCAAACUAUGUUCCUCCAUCACUUGCUGAGAGCAGUCGCGGUGUCACCAUUGGAUCUCGCUCUCCAGAUGGCAAGAUUGAAGUUACACCAGGUCCAGGUCAAUACAACACAUUGAACAAGUCCGGUGUUGAUGGUGUCACCCCAAUCACGAUCAAAGGCCGAACACCACUUCCAGGUGCCGGCACCGAUUCUCCAGGUCCAGCAGGCUACAAUCCAGACUACGAUGCCACUCGUAAAUCAUCACCAAGUCCAACAAUUGGUCGUCGCGGCAUUGAUCCUAAAGUCGAAGUCACACCAGGUCCAAGUGACUAUGCCAUCAGCCGCGACAUCACGAAUGGCCAAGGCAUCUCGAUGCACAUUCGUCCACGCGAAGGCGACAUUGCAGUUACACCCGGUCCAAGUGAUUAUGGCAACCCUAAUAAUCCAUCAAGUUCUAAUUCUCCUUCUUAUACUAUUGGUCAUCGUUACGAACAAAAGACCGAUACAAAUCAAGCCGGUUUUGUUAAUCUUCCAAGCACCGUUGGUCAAGGACCAAAGAUCUCAAUGUCAUCACGUCAUGAAGCACGUGACGCCGAACCCACUCCGGGACCAAACUAUGUCCCUCCAUCUCUUGGUGGUAAAGGAAUUACAAUUGGAAAUCGUACUCCAGAUGGAAAAACAGAAGUUACUCCAGGCCCAGGUCAAUAUAAUACCCUUAAUAGUUCCGGAGUUGAUGGUGUUGCUCCUAUUACAAUUAAGGGAAGAAACUACCUUCCAACAACUACAUCAGAAUCUCCAGGUCCAGCUGCUUAUUAUUUAAUGUACAAUCCAAAGCUUGACUCAAAGGGAAUUACAAUUGGUUUGAAAUAUCCCGAAAAGAGUCCAGAAUCUACUCCUGGCUUUUACGAUAUUCCAUCAACACGUGGAGGUCCAGCCUUCACAAUUGGAAAUCGUGAAGAAUGCGAUGUUGCGAUUUUGUAA